AAGGAAAAGAAAAGAAAAAAAAGAAAGGAAGAGGAAAUAAAGGAAAAAAAGAAAAGAGAAGAAAAGAAAAGAAAAACGAGAGGAAGGCAGCAACACACUACGUGCAAACUUUUUCUGUCUCCUUCCACCAACUCCUCCAGGAUCGCAAUGGAUUUGGAGAAGAUCUAUGCGGCCCCGCGGCCCGGGCGCACAGGACACGGAGGUGUGAACCAGCUGGGGGGCGUUUUUGUGAAUGGCCGCCCCCUGCCCGACGUCGUCCGGCAGCGGAUCGUGGAGCUGGCGCACCAGGGGGUGAGGCCGUGCGACAUCUCCAGGCAGCUCCGCGUCAGCCACGGCUGCGUCAGCAAAAUACUCGGCAGGUAUUACGAAACCGGGAGCAUUAAGCCUGGAGUGAUUGGAGGAUCAAAACCAAAGGUCGCCACACCCAAAGUCGUCGAAAAAAUUGCAGAGUACAAACGCCAAAAUCCCACCAUGUUUGCCUGGGAGAUCAGGGAUAGGCUCCUCGCGGAGCGGGUGUGUGAUAACGACACCGUGCCCAGCGUCAGCUCAAUUAACAGGAUCAUACGGACAAAGGUGCAGCAGCCACCCAAUCAGCAAGUCCCAGCCUCCAGUCACAGCAUAGCCUCCACAGGCUCCGUCACCCAGGUGUCCUCUGUCAGCACCGACUCUGCUGGCUCGUCCUACUCCAUCAGUGGGAUCCUGGGCAUCGCCUCUCCCGGCACCGAGAGCAACAAGCGCAAGCGCGAUGAAGGUAUUCAGGAACCUCCAGUACCCAAUGGCCAUUCUCUCCCGGGUAGAGAUUUUCUUCGGAAACAGAUGCGUGGAGACCUGUUCACCCAGCAGCAGUUGGAAGUGCUGGAUCGAGUCUUCGAGAGGCAGCAUUAUUCUGACAUUUUCACGACAACAGAGCCCAUCAAACCAGAGCAGGCAACUGAAUACUCAGCCAUGGCAUCAUUAGCUGGAGGACUGGAUGACAUGAAGGCCAAUAUAACCAGCCCUACUUCUGCAGAUUUAGGAGCAAGUGUUCCCGGACCACAGUCAUAUCCUAUUGUAACAGGUCGAGAGCUGGCAAGCACAACCCUCCCAGGAUACCCUCCGCACGUCCCCCCUGCUGGACAGGGCAGCUAUUCUGCCCCUGCGCUGACAGGAAUGGUGCCUGGGAGCGAGUUUUCUGGGAGCCCAUACAGCCACCCACAGUACUCAACUUACAACGACUCCUGGAGGUUUCCCAAUCCUGGACUUCUGGGCUCUCCUUACUACUACAGUGCUGCAGCCCGUGGAGCAGCCCCACCAGCAGCUGCUGCUGCCUACGACCGCCACUGACCUCGGACCCAAAGCUUGAGCACUUACCAUAAAACACCGCCUGGGACAACUGCAUUGAGUCACCUUGCUACAACCGUGCAAGUCAAGGAGGAAGAAAGUAAAUAGUAGGAACAAGCUCAUUGAAAUUUUACUCUUAAGACUCUGAAAACUUAACGUUGUUGUUUUCUUAAUUCUGGUGAUGUUGUCUGGGUCUCAAAUGAAACAAAGAAAUGGGAGGACGUGGUUCUCCUGGCACAUCAUGCGGUCAUAGAAAUGCAGUAGUUUCAUGUUGUUUGCAGCUGUCUGGCUACUGCUUUAAUUGCUGUGGGUAUCACGGCUGUAACUGGGGAUAAGGAAGAGAUGUGGGCCUCCCUGUGCGGGACAGCUUCCUCUUACUGCACACUGAGACAGGCUGUGAGACUCAACACAAGCUUUUUUAAUUAUUAUUAUCUUUUUUUUUUUUUUUUUUUUUUUUUUUGCUUUCUUUUUUUUGUGUGUGGCAAAGAAAGAUCAGUCUGCUCAAUUUUACACAAGCAGCACUGUAAAUACUUGCUUGUUUGUACUGCUAUGAGACUGACUUAGCGUAUGCAGAAACAUUGUACAAGUCUAGGCUCAAAAUGCAUCUGAAAAUGUGUUUUGAAGCUCGUGCACUGAUUCAGAGAAUUCAGUAAGCUUUAAGCAACUUUGAACCAGGUUAACACUCAUUGUGGCUAUCUUUCAGGCUGAUGUUACUGCUGUACAGCAUCUUAUCCAGCAGCUGUGUGUGAUCAUGCUAUAUGCUGGUACCAAACUCAUGGACAUCAGAAAGAUGUGGGCAAUUUUGACACAGCUAUUGGCUAAUAUUCAUUUGUGUUCAUUUGUCAUCAUAAUGAGCACUGAAACAAAUUCUCUGGUUUCAAGUUCAACAGCAUUCAGGAAGGAAUAAUAGUAGACACCUUACCUACAUCUCAACGGGUCGUCUGCUAAAACCCAAUUAUGGGCACCCUGAAACAAAGGGGGAACAUAUGGCCAUAAUGAUUUCUGUGAAGUGGACAUAUUGACCAGAGUGUACUGAACACACGGGCAGACACACCUGCUUUCUGAGGCACGCUGGUCAGGGGAGUCUGUCCAUUUUAAUGAAGGUAUCUCAAGUCAUUCUAGUAACGCUGAGGAGAGCAAUUUUCAAUUCAAGACUGGAGUCACAGAGAACUUCUCCCCAUUAAUCCUGCAUGUCUUGCCCUCCUACUCAGGAAAGGAGGGCUAAGGUGAGAUUUCAUUCAGUGCUCACUGCUUCCUGGGGCUAUUGAAGAGAGCAGCUUACCAAUGAUCUGGUAAGCAGUACACCAACCACUGCUUUUUCCAGGAAACAGGGAAAACUAUCCCCCAGUGCAGCUAUCUUUUGCCAUGUGUUAUGGUGUGCAUGUGCCCAGCCGCUCCUGGAAGCAAGGGGAGAGCUGACCUUGCUGAGACCAGACUUAUCUGCAACCUCUGCCUGCACACAGCACUGGCAAAGAGACCUGUCUGUGUUUGCCAAAGCUGAGAAGGGAUUGUUGGUGGUGUCCCAUGAAUGAAAAAAUCAAGUAUUAAGUAUUUGCUUCCAGCUUUGGAAGUACUUCUUUGAAAGUGCAGCGUCUGAGCUAACAUUCCUCCCUGUUCUCCUCGCUGCCAGCACCUCCUGUGCCUGCCACUGGUGAGCACUGACAGCCCUCUGUGUGUUCCCCAGUCUCAGUGGCACGUUUUGUACGUUCUCAUGCUACAAAAACACAGCUGUUAGGUUCAAGGUUCCAUGCUAGAUGUUCUCUGGUCCUCAAAAGCCAUGAUGAUACCUAGGUCCCACUGGCUUAAAUGGUUUCCCUAAUCUAGAAUUUAAUUCUGCGAGCACGCGACAAACUUACCUGCGAGAAAAACUGUCCUUUUCAUUUUUCAGCAUUUGAUACCCGAAACACAACCAUGCACGCACGUUUUUAAUUGAAAAGCACAAGAACAUCAUUUACCUGGGGAGUUUUCUGAAGCUUUGCUUUGGUGUUCUCUUUUCUCAGUCGUCAUGACAUACUGCAUGGCUGUUUGCACCCCAGUGGCUGCCUGGGGUUUCAAUUCACACAUGCUCAGCUGAGGUGCACACACCAUGUGCAGGGGCAUAUCCCGAGUAUACCUUCCUUUUCUGUGAGCUUGGAUAGUUAGAAGGCCAUCUGAUGCAAGGUGAAGAGGCGAGAAAUGAACAUCUGGCAAUACAACAUGAGGGUGUGGGUCAUGCCCCCAAAGCAAGAGUGGGGGUGAACCACACGAGCUGCAGAGAUGCUACUUGACCAUUGAUGAAGCUGGUCUCAAAGCUUGUGCUUGUGCCUUUCCAGUGCAGGAAGAGCAGCUCCUGUUGAUUGUGUGUGUGUGCUUGCACCAGUUCUGAGUACUACCCAGCAAACAUUUUUUAAAGGCUUUGCUUUUCAUUCCCUGGCGGUAAAUGACUUAUUUGGCUUUAGUUUGGUUAACACUGAGAAGGCUGAACAUAAGACAAGAAACUUCAACAGAUGUUAUUAUGCUCAGGACAGAGACUCUUGUAGUUAGUCUACAGACUUAUGAAAAACAUGGUUUGUCUGUAGGUCGCUCCGAAAGUAAUGCCUCCUAUUAAUUCUCAUGGAAAUUACGACAGCUAUAAAGAGCACAGCAACGCCGUUUGUUAGAGCAAAUUCUCAGCUACAAAACACUAUCUUUCGACUCAGUCACCACUAUUAACCAUUUGGAGUGGAUGAGCUUAUUUGGAGACUCUUCCUUUUGUGGUGCGACAUCUGUGCAUAGCUAUUUAGAACAUGGCUUGUCUUUCAAGUCAGUGCCACUACUGCUGAAACGCAACACCCACUGCUUCACAGUGCUCACAUCCUCUCUUUGGUUUCUGUGUAUGUUCAGCAAGCAUCUAUGAAUGUCAACUGCUGCAAUUUUUUUUUUCGCAUGGAGGAAUCCUGUGGCCCAGCUUUGCUUCAUAUGCCCUUCUAUGUCAGAUGUCAUUUUGUCAGAGUGCCCCUCUGCUGCCAUCUGUCUCAUGGCA